AAAAAAGGCAAGCUAUGGUCAUAAUUUGUCAGUGAGAAAUUAUGUAAGAGUGGAGCAUGCAUGGCAGUAGCUACACAACACAGAUAGACAAAGCCAGAGCCAGUACCAGCAACUCAUUCGCCUCUAACGAGCCUUUCUUCUCUGUUCUUUGUUGGGAUUUGAUUUUUUUUUUUUUUGAAAAUUUUCUUUAUAAUCAACAAUAAGAAAGAGAAUUUAUUCAUGGUGGUACUGAGUCUGCAACCCCUUGUGUGUCCGCCUCAUGGAAAUGAUAGUUUGAUUCGUAGAGGGAGACGAAGCAGUGGUUACGUUCUCCGAUGUGGAAUUGCGGAACCAUCGGGGGAGCCGGCUCCUCUGGGUCAGAAGACGCAAUAUAGAGAUGGAUUCUUGGAGAAGGCAUUUAUGGCCCUGUUCGCCCGCAAGAUGGAGAAAUUUGCUUCCUCUUCGUCUUCCAAUCAAAGCAAAAGCAAUGGCUUUUGGGAUUACGACUACGAGAGCUUUGUAAACGUCUCGAAGAGGGUAAUGCAAGGAAGGUCUCGUAAGCAACAGCAACAAGUGGUCAGGGAGGUUCUCUUGUCUAUGCUCCCUCCCGGUGCCCCCGCUCAGUUUCGAAAAUUAUUUCCGCCAACCAAGUGGGCUGCUGAGUUCAAUGCCGCAUUGACAGUACCAUUCUUUCACUGGUUAGUUGGGCCUUCUGAGGUUGUGGAAGUGGAGGUAAAUGGGGUGAAGCAAAGAAGCGGAGUCCAUAUAAAGAAAUGCAGGUACUUGGAGAAUAGUGGUUGCGUCGGAAUGUGUGUGAACAUGUGCAAGGUUCCAACUCAAGAUUUCUUCACCAAUGAAUUUGGGCUUCCCUUAACCAUGAACCCAAAUUUUGAAGAUAUGAGCUGUGACAUGGUGUAUGGCCAAGUACCACCUCCUUUUGAAGAGGACCCAGUCUCAAAACAGCCUUGUUAUGCAAACAUAUGUUCUAUGGCAAAUCCUAGUAACACAGUUUGCCCUAAAUUACAAGCAUGAGAAGAUUUUCAUUUUUAUAGAGGAAUCUUGAUGGCAACAAAAGCAUUUUAAAAUGGCAAUUGACUCCACUCCAAGCUAAACGUUUUUCUUAACAAAGGUAAAUUCCGCACUUCCUGUGAGAAUCUGAAAAACGUUUUUUAUUUUCUACUUCCUCUGUUA